AAACACCAAGGUAGGUUGCCUAGUGAUCCUGAGGAAGCUGAUGUGUUAUUCCUUCUCUGCAUCGAAGGAUCAGGAAGUUUGUGCUCUCUGCGUGGCUAAGUUUUUCACCUACUAGGACGGGGGUGGGGUGGGGGGAACAGGUGUUCUCCUAAAAUACAGCACAAGCUACAGCCUGCGUCCAGCCAUAACCCAGAAGUAACAUCAGAAACAGGUGAGAAUGACCACUUUAACUCACCGGGCCCGUCGCACUGAAGUAAGCAAGAACUCCGAAAAGAAGCUGGAAAGAGAGGAAGACAGUAAUCGAGAGAAAAGUCCAGACAAUGAAGAUUCUGGAGACUCUAAGGAUAUCCGCCUUACUCUUAUGGAAGAAGUAUUGCUCCUGGGACUAAAAGAUAAAGAGGUAAUGCAGUUAGGUUUGCUAGGCUAUCUCAAAGACUAUUCAAUAUUGAAAUGUUUUAGGAAUAAUCUAAUGGAAUAUAUGGCUCACUUCAAAUAUUACUUUUGUCUUCGUAUCACUCCAUACGAUAUUUUAAACUUCUUGAGGACAGGGACAGUAUAUUAUGCUUCCUUUCAUUUCUUGCAACACUUAACCAGUAACAUAUAUGAUAUAUUGAAAGACUUUAAGUUAAAUGAAGUGAAGGAAUCAGGGUCGCUUCUUUUUUUCUCACAGGUACUGCUAAAGUCAGACAGCCCAACAGGUGAUGUUCUACUGGAUGAAACUCUCAAACACAUCAAAGCAACUGAACCCACAGAAACUGUCCAGACAUGGAUAGAGCUACUCACUGGCGAGACCUGGAACCCUUUCAAAUUGCAGUACCAGCUGAGAAAUGUACGAGAGCGCAUUGCAAAGAACCUAGUAGAGAAGGGUAUUCUAACCACUGAGAAGCAGAAUUUCCUGCUCUUCGACAUGACUACUCAUCCAGUGACCAAUACAACAGAGAAACAGCGGCUAGUGAAAAAACUUCAAGAUAGCGUACUAGAGCGGUGGGUAAAUGACCCUCAGCGUAUGGACAAGCGAACACUAGCACUCCUGGUGCUAGCCCACUCCUCAGAUGUGUUAGAGAAUGUCUUCUCCUCUCUGACAGAUGACAAGUAUGAUGUGGCAAUGAAUCGAGCCAAGGACUUAGUAGAACUGGACCCUGAAGUGGAAGGGACAAAGCCUAGUGCCACAGAGAUGAUCUGGGCUGUGCUGGCAGCCUUCAAUAAAUCUUAAAGCCAGCAGGUGGGUUUCUCCUUUUCCCUUGCUGGCUGGUGGUGACUGUCAGAGACCUCAUCACUGAGUUUUGUGUGAUGAGAUGUUUUCAUCAUUUUUGUUUCCUUUUCUUGAAUCAGACUUGUGAUUUGGAGAGAGCAACUUCAGGGCUUCUCCACAGACCUUGGCCAUGAUAAGCAGCCCUUGUUUCUCCCCACACUUCCACUCCAUAGGUGAACAAACUGGGAGGACUCACACACACCCAGUAAACGUUUUCUCCCAUUUCUUGGUUUAGUUUCACCAGUGUGCUUUUGGAUAAACAGAAAUAUCUAAAUGGGAUUUAGAGUUCUCCAGCUACAGAAUGUGAAGGAGAUAAAAAGCCAACCAUCUAUUAUAUUUUUCUAAGUUUGUUUUCUAUCUUAAAUAUAUGUUUUCACAG